CUCAGUUCUACAGCGGGAAAUCCUCUUUCUUCUGCCUUCAUCUACCUUGGCGUCGCAGCUGAGGUGAUGGUGCUCUUCAAUGUCGCACCAGUGAGUUGGAUUUUGCCCGUCGCAAGGGUGGUGAGCUCUGCCUCCUCCCUUGAACUCAGAAUUUUAGUCUCUUUCAAGGGACUGGAGCUGAUGGUGAGGUUUUGGUGGAGAGCGCGAGUUGCGCGUUUUGGAGGCUUGCCAGCUGCGUCACCUAGGAGGGAGCUGGGUGGGCGAUGUUCGAUUUUUGUUUCUUUGCGUCGUGUCGGGUGAUGGCUGGCUUGUAGCUUGCUCAGAAAUGUAAUGGGAAUGGGUAUCCCAACGUGUGAUCCCGCGACCUAGCUUGCAGUCAUCUUGCAGGAUGUCGCUUUGAACGCGUUCGGAUUGUCACGUUGAUCCUCUGGCUCUUCAAUUCUGAAAGUCCUGGCGAUGGAGAAGGUGGAAGCUGCUGAUCCCUGGCGCGAUGUCGUGUACCUCUCGAAGUUCGAAGAUGAUGAUCCUGUGUCAAAUAUGACAUCGGAGAAUGGGCACGAGGGUUCCUCUGAAGUGGCGGAUGGGAACGAGUGUAGUCAGAAUUUGGACGAGCAAGGUAAUGAUGUGGACCUUGUGGUGGACGCCGAAGUGGAGUCCAUCCUCUCAGCUGCCCCAGAACUUUCAGACGAGGCUGAUUUUGCCCUGAAUGAUAACGGGCCUCUUCACGAGCCUGACCAUGAAAAUGCGAGCAUUGCGUCGAGGAGAACGUCCAUUGCUGCAGCUCCGAAGAAGGGUAACAGUGCGAGCAAACUCACAGAGGCUACUCUGAAUUCUUUGCGGCGGAGCGCGUCUGUUGCAGCCCGAACUCAAGCUCCACCUUCACCAAAACCGUUUCUCAGGUCUUCCUCAUCCCUGGCAGCUGCUCGUCGAGCUCAAAGCAAUGCUGACAACAGCAAUGCUGGCACUGUGAGCAGCAACGGUGUUCGAAAGCUCGGACCGCCAAUCAUCUCAGCUCCCCCAGUCAUAAGGAGUCGGGGAAUGCCCCGCGAGGUGCCCAGCAGUAUGAGCAGUGUGAGGUCCAGCACAAACACCUUGAGGGGUAGCACAAAUCCUGUGAGGUCUAGCACCAGUUCCUUGAGCUCGAGGACAAAUACUUUGAGGUCGAGCACGAGUUCUUUGAAUGCAGCUGCAUGCUCAAGGACAACUGCAGUCCGAUCUUCCGCUGGCUCUGGUGCCAUCAACGGCCUUCGCAAGCCUUCCCAAACUGCUGAUCCCCGUAGAUCCUCUCUAACGACGUUGCCUGCCAGCUCAACGGGUGCUUCUCGCCGAAACUCACUCUCCGAAGUGACUGCUCUGUCGCGGUCUGUUGAACUUCCAUCUGUAUCAGACCUCAAGCAGUGGGCUACUUCGACCCCAGCAUUGAAAGCUUCUGGACGCAGAGUGAAUUCUUCGGCUGCGUCUUCUUCAGUGGUGCCUGCAAGUUAUCUAAAGAGGACGAGUUCCUCUGUCUCUGACCAAAAAUUUCCAAGCGAUUCUAGGAAGUCUCUGUCGAAAACUUCGCCGUCUCCUGCAAAGUCUCGUAGUUCGUUGACAAAUUCCACUUCAUCUAUGCCCCGCAGCAGUUCAGUCCCUUCUUCCCCCAGCUACAGGUCACCACCAGUCACGGAGAAUGGGGUUUCCAACCGAAUUGCAACAAGAGAAUCCACGAGCUCCACGGUAAGGAGAAAGCUCAGUCCAUCUCCGUCUCUUGGCGCCAGAGGGACUUCGAGCUUUGCAGAGCCAGUUGGGAAGCCUUCCCCUUCGUCCUCGUCAGACCGUUCCUUAAAUACGAGCUCGAAUACCACGAAGUCUUCUCUAUCAGAGAGACGUCUGAGCCUCAGCACCCCAAAGCAGCACCCGACUGAAAAAAGUCCAAGUAGUCAAAGUAGAGGAGUGUCCAAAUCUUCUCCUUCCAAAAAGGCUGUGUCUUCUGCCAAAGUCGGCAAACCAUCACCUGGAUCUGCUGCUUCUCCCGCGGAAAGACCCGCCAGCUCAAGACUAACGCCGUCACCUUCGGCAUCCAUCAACGGUGCUGCAAGUGCAAAAGAAAAAUCUGUUUCGCCAAUGCCGUCGAAACAAUCGCCCAGUGCAGUGACUGCUGAUCGCGGCCCUAGCAUGCUGACCCGGAAGAAACCUUUGACACCAGAUACUCGAGAUGCCAAGAUUAGUGCGCUCCCGCCUGUAGAAGUGAAGGCCGUGGAGGAUGUCAGGAUUGACCUUCGAGGGCAAAAAGUGCGAACUUUGGACGGGAAUCUUGUGAGCUUGACGCCCAAAAUGGAAUUUGUUUAUCUUCGAGGCAAUAAAUUGGCUACACUGAACGGUAUUGAGAUACUUCGCCGUGUGAAGGUGCUGGACCUAAGUUUUAAUGAAUUCAAGGGUGCCGGGCUUGAGCCGCUGGCAUCGUGCAGGGCUCUGCAGCAAUUGUAUCUUGCGGGUAAUCAAAUCGCUUCUCUGAGCGAUUUGCCACAGCUUCCGAAUUUGGAGUUUCUGUCCGUUGCGCAGAACAAAAUCAAGUCUCUGUGCAUGGCUUCCCAGCCAAGGCUGCAAGUCCUCGCUGCCAGCAAGAACAAAAUCUCUACCUUCAAGGACUUCCCACACCUUCCUGCGCUUGAGCAUCUGCGACUUGAAGAGAAUCCCAUGCUUGAAAGCUUCCAUGUUGAAGCACAGUCCAUCCUGCUUGUGGGGCCGAGCCUGAAGAAGUUUAAUGACCGCGAUCUUUCUAUUCAAGAGCUUGAGUUUGCAAGAAUGUACCCACCAAGCACCCCGCUAUGUAUUCGUGAAGGCUGGGAGCUUUGCGACCCCGAGGAGGCUAUGGAAUCAACACUGCAGUUCCUCAUCUCUCAGUGGAGUCCAAACCUCCCUCCAGGCUACACUGUGAAGAAAGCCUGGGUGGACCAGCCCGCGGAGGAGGAUCCCUGCAGUUGCGAGUUCGCUUUUGACAAACUCGAGGGUGCCUUUGAGGACUCUCAGCUUCGCUUGAAGUAUCAGUGGUUCGUGGGAGACAAAACUCCAGCCAACUUCACCCCUAUAGAGGGAUGCGUUACUGACAGCUACUGGCCAAAGCAGGAAGACAUUGGUAAUUGCCUCAAAGUGGAGUGCAGCAUGGUGCUAGGAGAAACAGAGUAUCCUCCUGUCUUCGCAAUAUCCGCUCCGGUUGCUCCCGGCAGCAAGUGUCCUCGAGUGCUGGAGAUAGAAGUGGAUGGCGACACUGUGGAAGGCCUGAUUCUCAAAGGCUCAGCUGUUGUAGCAUGGUGUGGCGGUACUCCUGGUAAGUCUGUCUCAAGCUGGCUGCGGCGUGGUGAGCUCACGAGCCCCGUUGCCAUCAUGGGAGCUGAGGAGCCAGACCAUCGGCUCACUCUCGAUGAUGUGGGGCACAGCCUCAUAUACAUGUACACCCCAAUGACGGAAGAUGGAGUGCGUGGUGAACCUCAUUAUGCUGCAACCUCUAUUAUCCAAGCUGCGCCGCCUAGUGUGGAUGCAGUGCAGAUCAUAGGGGAAGCAGUGGACGGUAAUGUGCUCCACGGGCGCGGCCAUUACUUCGGAGGUAAGGAGGGAGCGAGCAAGUUAGAGUGGCUUCGCGAGAAUCUGGAAUCGGGUGAAUUCAAGCUCGUCUCACGAGGGGAGCUCGACUACACCCUGACAGCUGAAGAUGUGGGUCGGCGGAUGAUGUUUAUGUACACACCUGUCAACGCGGAGGGCAAGAUUGGCGAUCCUGUGACCGCCAUUAGUACCACUGUCUUGCUUGCCCCUCCCAAGGUUGAGAACUUGCGUAUUGUAGGGGAUCUCAAGGAAGGUAGCAAGGUUGCUGUGAGUGCCGUCUUCACUGGUGGCGUAGAAGGCGCCAGCAAAGUGCAAUGGUUCAAGAGCAUCUCCUUCCCGCUGCCGGCAGAUUAUUCCUCUCUGGAGCCCCUAUGCAGUGCCAAAGUUGCCAAGGCGUUCCGAAUCCCUCUGAGCGCUGUGGGACAUCAUUUGGUUGCGAAGUACACCCCUGUGAGGUUGGAUGGGGAGGCUGGCGAAUCUGUGUAUGCCAUAUCAGAAACCGUUGUAGAGAUGUUGUUCCCGAGUUUAACGUUUUUGAAUAUUGUCGGGGAGUUUGUAGAGGGGGAAACGUUGACAGCUCAAUAUGGGUAUGUAGGAGGCCAUGAAGGGACUAGUCUGUAUAGCUGGUAUUGGCACGACACCGAGAAUGAUCCUGGUUCUGUGAUUCCGGAAGCAGAAGGGCGGCUUCAGUACCGGGUGACAAGGCAGACUGUGAACAAGCUUGUUUCGUUCCAGUGCCGUCCUAUGCGCGAUGAUGGUAUCAUGGGUGACUGGAAGAGAAGUUAUGGAUCAGAGCGUAUCCGCGCUGGUUCUCCGAAGCUGCUGUCCUUGCACAUUAUCGGAGAGCCCAUGGAAGGAUACGAGCUCCAGGUGGGGAAGGAGUAUUGGGGCGGGGAAGAGGGCAUUUGCAAGGUGCAGUGGUUCCUAACUCGACACGAUGGAACGCAGCGUGAAAUCAAAGCCGCUGUGCAUGAGUCCUACACGGUGCAGAGCGAAGACAUCGAGGGACUGAUAUGUGUUUCGUGUCAGCCGGUCCGGAGUGAUGGUGUGACGGGCCCUAUUACUGUCUCGUCGAGCGUGGGUCCUGUGGCUCCAUCGCCUCCGACAUGUACCUCAUUGGAGGUUUUCGGGUUGCCUGUCGAAGGAGGAUGCCUUAGCUUCAGUGCCGCUUAUAAGGGCGGGGAAAAGGGCACCUGCAUGUAUGAGUGGGUGCGUCAUAACCCUGAUGGGAGUGAAGUCUUGUUGAGUACCGACGAGAUUCUGGACCUCACGUCAGAGGAUGUCGGCAGCAGAAUUGAGCUCGUCUUCACACCAGUCCGGAAAGAUGGCGUAGUGGGAAACUCUCGGUCUUCGUUUACGGACGUAGUUGUGGAUGGGGAUCCUGAAGGGAUGGAGCUUAUGAUACCCCAGUGUUUUGAAGAUGUUGAGGUCGUGCCUCGCAAGUCGUAUUUUGGUGGCAAAGAAGGACCGGGAGAGUACAAAUGGUAUAGAGCCGGCCAAAAGCCGAAAGAUGGACAGCUGCCAGAGGAUGCGAGCCUCCUCAGCGACAAAGAGGUGUACACUCCUAAAUUAGAUGACGUAGCAUCGUAUUUGUGUCUGCAUUGGAUACCAGUGCGAGCCGACGGUAAGCGAGGGUCGCCUGUUGUUGCCCACAGCAAUAUACCUGUGGCGCCUGCACUUCCUGUUGUGCGCAGCGUAAGCGUGAAAGAAGUCUCAUAUGGUGUGUUUGAAGGAGAAGGAGAAUACUAUGGUGGGCGAGAAGGUGACAGUGUGAUGAGUUGGUACCGGCAGACCACUGGUGGCCUUCGUACCCUCAUCGCGGAUGCACACUCCAAGUCCUACACAGUUGUAGACGACGACUACACAUGCUCGCUUGUGUUUGGUUACACCCCAGUUCGCAAUGACGGUGUUGCUGGGGAGCUGGUGCUAUCGGAACCUAGUCCUCUCAUCUACCCUGAGAUCCCGAGGAUCCAGAAGUUGGUAAUUUCAGGAAAGCCAAUUGAAGGGGAGGUCCUCACUGCCUUGGAAGUUAUUCCCAAGGGAGAUAUCCAGCAGAAGUCAUGGGAGAAGUUCAAGAGGGACAUUAAGUAUCAGUGGUCACGCUCAUGGCAGCCCGAAUCCACCGAUCAUUUCGAGCCCCUUCCAGCGCAACGCUCCUGCACAUACAAAGUGAGGCUUGAAGAUGUCGGUCACUGUUUGCGAUGCGAAGGUAUUAUCACUGACGUCUUCGGCAGAUCAGCUGAGCCCGCAUCCAUCAUUACUCCUCCCGUUGCCUCGGGGUUUCCCAGGGUGGAGAAUUUGGAGAUUGAGGGACGUGGUUACCAUACCAGUCUGUAUGCUGUGCGGGGGAUUUACAGCGGUGGCAAGGAGGGGAAAAGCUUGCUUCAGUGGUUCCGAGCAAUGGCAGGAAGUCCCGACCUGAUCCCAAUAUCUGGCGAAGUGGGACGCAUGUAUGAAGCGAAUGUUGACGAUGUCGGUUACCGGCUUGUUGCUGUGUACACCCCAGUGAGAGACGAUGGCGUAGCAGGUGGUCCCGUGUCCGCCUCAACUGAUCCCAUCAUUGUUGAUCCGGAGGUCUCAAAAGAGGUGAAACAGAAGCUGGAGCUCGGUGUGGUGAAAUUCGAAGCUUUGCGUGAUCGUGACCGGUCGCCUAUGAAGUCACAGAACCAGCAAGGGCUUGGAAGCUUGGAGCGACGGGUGCUAGAUGUAAAUAAAAAACGAGUGAAGGUGGUGAAGCCAGGAUCCAAGACUCACUUCGCGUCCAAUGAGCUGCGUGGCACGUACACACCUCCUUUCCAUGUGGAAGUUUUCCGCAAUGACCAGCAUCGGUUGAAGAUCGUCAUGGACUCGGAGAAUGAAGUCGACCUUAUGGUGCAAUCUCGCCAUAUCCGGGACGUAAUUGUGCUAGUUAUUCGAGGGUUUUCACAACGGUUCAACAGCACGCCACUCAACCUGCUCUUAAAGAUGUGAUCACUCGACCAAGUGAUUCUUAAUGGGCUUUCUUUCUGAACAGCCAGCUUGUAUACUUCCAGUUAUACGACUACUUAGUUGUAUAUUCUUUUGCCCGUUGAUAAUUUCUCGGAGCUUGGGUAGCUUUCCGAGAAAUGAUUGAUUUGCAGGCAGCCAUGACCAACCACCAGCAAAAUAUGAUGAUGAUCCUGGUUGGGUCGUAGUGAUUGUCAUCACUGAGUGAUCGUAAGCUAAAAGUCUUGCAUUUAGUAUGGGUUGUUCCUAAAGUCAGGUCUCCUCUUAUUUGUUAGUAAUGAUUCUCAUCGCACUUCCAGGAUGAUUUGUUCACCUACGACUGCCUAUCUAUUUCUUAUUGUAGAUCCCACAAGAACCUGGUGUUGGUUUUGCCAUAACUCCGACUUCCUCAGCAAAUCGCCACAUGAAGCACAUUUAGAGAUGCGUUGGGAUGGGUUCUACAGCUGGGUAAGGUUUGACGGGGGCAAUGUUCAUCAUCUUGUAGCUCUUCCACCGAGAUUCUAACUCGGCAGACAAAGGUUCAGUUGUGGAGCUUGGAGUUCAUUCUCAAAGUCUUUGUUUGAUCUUCGGAAGGAGCUCGGCACAGGGUUUUCAAGACACAUAGAAGUGUGUAUAGAACCAGAGAUACUCUCUUGCAGAGAUCUUCCAGUUGUCUUUCGGUUAUGACUGCUGCUUCGGACAUGGCUUCUGGUACAUCAUGCUUGAUCGUUGAGGACCAUUUUUGAGUCAUGUGAACUGCAUCAAAGGACCAGCUUGGUCUUCUGUCUUGUAUUAAAGUUUUUGCUCCUUUUCCCUUCUCA